GUGAACUGUGCACAGUACAGCGUAAUUUCUUGUAAAACGGAUUUACUUGGGUAGUUUGCCACCCCUGUGAGAAUCGAUAAUAGGUUUUGUGCGGCAUUUCUCUGGAAUAUUCGCGCAAACAAUGUUGGCACUCGGCGAGGUGUCAAAUGACAGCGGUCGGAAAUGCGGGAAUGCGAGAAUACAUAGCUUCAGUCAUACUCACAAAUUUCUUCUGUGACGGCUUCCUUUCAUAUAGUGAUUCAUUUGAUUUGUACAGUUUAAUGAGCGUCAUCGUCUCCAUUUAUUAAGGCGUUUUCUGCUUGGUGAACACAAAUAAUGCCUUUGCCUUCCUGAAGAACCAGGCUUUAGUGACUGAGACCCAUUAGGUGACUGCACAUCAUCGAUGACGAUGGCGCUCAUUUCAUCGCAGAGUAGUUUUGGUUACCUGGAGAUGUCCUACAGAACUCCUUCACCUUCAAAACAUUCCGUUCCACCACCACUCUUAUCACUCCUGUUUUUUAAAACAACAUGACAAUAAUAAAUACCUCUUUUGCGUUGCUUUCUGUAGUUUCGUGCCAGUUCCAAUAUAAUUGCAGCACACGCCUCUGUUUUUCGACGUCGGGUUGCCAAACGUUAAUGUUCUUAAAACGGAGGUUUGGCAACUGCCAACAAAUAACGGGCAACAGGUGCGAACUGAUGACAAGUUCAGCCAAUCAGCUGUUCUUGUUUGUAUGCGUUCACGUGUUGUUAUGCUUGCUGGUGGAAGUGAGUGUCGUGCUUGAUUACAUAACGCAUAAUAACAUCCUACCAAAGUUCGUUUUUGCAGUAGGGUAAAGUGUUUAGGCCUUUGGAUGCAAGAAAAAUGACUGACACAGAAGAAAUAGAUGGAAAUACCAUAUUGGCAGAAGCCUUGAGAGACCAGGGAGUGCAAUAUGUUUUUGGAAUCGUUGGCAUCCCUGUUGUGGAGCUGAGCAUGAGCCUACAGCAGGCAGGAUUGCACUAUGUUGGCAUGAGAAAUGAACAAGCAGCUUGCUAUGCAGCUCAAGCUGUUGGCUUCCUCACUGGUCGACCAGGUGUUUGCCUUGUGGUCUCAGGGCCUGGCUUGCUUCACUGUACUGGUGGUAUGGCAAAUGCACAGAUUAACUGCUGGCCAUUGAUAGUGAUUGGUGGUUCAGCUCCUCAAGAUCAUGAAGGGAUUGGUGGAUUUCAAGAAUGUCCACAGGUAGAACUGAGCCGCCCAUAUUGCAAAUAUGCUGCUCGCCCACCAAGUCCUUCCCUCAUUCCACUACACGUUGAAAAAGCAGUUCGUCUCUCUGUUUAUGGAAGACCAGGUGUGAGCUACCUGGAUUUCCCAGGAAACCUGCUUAUUCAACGUGUGCCACGGGACACUGUGGGAUGGAUGCCACCUUGUGCCAGUCCACCUGUUAUCUAUCCAGAUCCAGGCCUUAUUCAGAUUGCUGGCCAAUUGCUGACCAGUGCAAAACAUCCGCUUGUAAUAGUUGGCAAAGGAGCAGCAUAUGGAAAGGCUGAGCAUGCAGUUAGAGAACUGAUUAAAGCUACGUCUUUACCAUUUUUGCCAACUCCAAUGGGGAAAGGUGUUGUGAGUGACAGUGACGAACACUGUGUUGCAUCUGCAAGAACAUUUGCACUUCAAAAUGCUGAUGUCAUACUGCUACUUGGUGCCAGACUCAACUGGAUGCUACAUUUUGGACGACCACCGCGUUUUGAUGCUGCAGUGAAGAUAAUACAGGUUGAUAUUUGUGCUGAAGAGCUUCAUAACAGUGUAGCUUCUGCAGUAGCCAUUCAGUCUGAUGUCCAAGUUGCAGCAACACAACUGGCAACACUUCUCCGAUCAAAAGCAUGGAAGCUUCCUAAGACAAGCAACUGGUGGAAGUUGUUGGACAAAAAGUGUUCUGACAACAAGAAAUCUGUUCAGGCUAUGUGUUUGGACACAACAGUUCCACUGAAUUAUUAUACAGUUUUUCAUCAUAUUCAGGAACUUAUUCCAAAAGACUGCAUCAUUGUGAGUGAAGGUGCCAACACAAUGGAUAUAGGAAGAUCAGUUCUUUCCAACAUUCUUCCGAGGCACAGGUUGGAUGCUGGCACAUUUGGAACAAUGGGUGUAGGACUGGGAUUUGGUAUUGCUGCUGCCUUAUGGUGCAGAACAAAUUCACCAAGUAAACGAGUCCUGUGUGUUGAAGGAGAUUCUGCUUUUGGUUUUUCUGGGAUGGAAGUAGAAACAAUGUUCAGGUACAAACUUCCAGUGAUAAUAAUAAUUGUAAAUAACAAUGGAAUAUAUGGUGGGUUUGAGAAAGAAUUCUUCAAAGACUUGCAGGAAGCUGGAGAAGUUACAAAAGUGACUCCACCAUCUGCUCUGUCAGUAAAUGCUCGAUAUGAUAAAAUGAUGGGCAUAGCUGGAUAUGAUGGUUAUUAUUGUACAACUGUGCAACAGCUCCAGAGUGCUGUCCGGAAUUCACUAAUGGUGAAUGACCGACCCAGUAUUAUCAAUGUCUCCAUCAAUCCAUCAGCAGAUCGCAAACCACAAAAUUUUGGUUGGUUGACUGAAUCAAAGCUCUGAGAUUCAGCUUUCUUGAAAUGGGUUUGCCGCAAGGGUACUUUUGCAAUGUGCUGAGUUAGAAAGUCGUCUUAUAUUAUGAUACAACUGUUGCAGAUAUGUGAUAAAAUGUAUUAUUAAUUGGGAUCCAAUUUAUGUGAAUGUGGGUACAUGUAUACAUAAGGACAAUUUUUAUACGAUUAAAUUUAUUAUGUUUUGCAAUGGUGACAUCAGAAAAAAGACAAUAAAAAAAUACUAUUCAAUAA